UACCGAUGUCUUCAACGUCAAUAUUUAUUAUUAAAGAGAUUUGAUUUGACUGACUAAAAAUCCUUACUACUAGUUAUUUGCUGUUGUGUGUAUAUAUAAGAGUAACCAAGCUUAUCCAGAUUUCCACCAACCGCCUCUCUGACGGCAACAAGUAGUGUGCGUGUGUCAAUUGCAAAUUAGCUGGAGCUAUACAAAUUAAUCAUCAAUUCUCUAUACUAUAGUUCUUUUGUUUUUCUUCUGAUCAAUUAUAUCAAUUAAUUAUUAUGCCCUGUUUGAUGGUAUCACAAGGGUUGGUCCUGGCAACAGCCAUGGCCGUUUCUGCCGGUACCGUCAUUCUCUUUGAUCUUCUUCGGCAAAAAUAUUUUUCAAUUGCACAACUUGAACUUACCAACAAUAUUCAAAAUUCGCCUAUUCUCAAGUCUUGCUUGUCAUCAGGUAAAAAGAAGAUGAAUUCGAAUAAGAAACAAAAGAAAAGAGUUCAUUUUGCAGCAGAUGUGAAAGAUUCAAAUAGUAAUGGCGAUGAGUACAGAAGAGAAUAUACAAAUUCUUGUGGGAAGAAGAUUUUGGUUAUGCCAGCGAAUAGUAGGGCUUUGUACACUGGAAUUCUCAAAAAUCGGGUGUAUCGCAUGGAAUUCUCUUAUUGAUAAGUAAAAAAGAAAAAGUAAAACAGAGGGGAAUUUUAAGAGAAGAAAUUCUAUUUCCCUGCCAAUUUGGUUGGUAAAUCGUGAUGUAUGAACCCUACUUUAGAAUAUUUUGUAUAUCUAGAUUCAACUUUUUUCUAGAUUUAAGUUCUUUCUUACGUAAUUAAA